AGAGAUAUAUUCUUAGCUCCGUUGAUUUUAUAUUCUACUCCCAAAAAAAAAAAACUUUCUCACGAAUCUGGUCCACUGAGAAUAUGGAAGAAAGAUCGGGAACGAAGAAGCUUCAGUGCCAACGUAUUGGCUGCAACGCCAUGUUCACCGAUGAAGAUAAUCCUGAAGGUUCUUGUCAAUUCCAUGCUUCUGGACCGUUUUUUCAUGACGGAAUGAAAGAGUGGAGCUGCUGCAAGCAAAGAAGUCAUGAUUUCAGUUUGUUCUUGGAAAUCCCUGGAUGUAAAACAGGUAAGCACACAACUGAGAAACCAGUCCUGGCCAAACCGGCUCCAAAACAUCCUGUCACGGUUCCUACUUCAUCUCCAGUUGCCAAUGCUGCAUCAAAAAACUCUUGCUCUAGAUGCCGGCAAGGCUUCUUCUGCUCAGACCAUGCCUCCCAACCCAAAGAACAGACCAAGCAGACCCUGAACACACCAGUACAAGCAGAAGAAGAAAAGAUUGAAUCCAUAGCACCUCCAAUUAAAAAAGUUGUUAUAGACAUUAAUCAACCACAAGUCUGCAACAACAAAGGAUGUGGCAAAACAUUCAAAGAGAGAGACAAUCACGAGACUGCAUGUAGCUAUCAUCCAGGUCCUCCUGUCUUCCACGACAGAGUGAAAGGGUGGAAAUGCUGCGAUGUUCACGUGAAUGAGUUUGACGAGUUUAUGGAAAUACCGCCUUGCACUAAAGGUUGGCACAGCAGCAACCCCUCUCAGGCCGUCUGAUAUUAUUUUUUCCCCUGAAAUUUUCAAUACAAAAGUUUAUCACCUUUUAGUUUGAUAUAAGAACCUUUCAAUUGACAGAUAUAUGUAAUGAUUAAAUGCUCAUGUACUGUGUUCUGAAUGCUUCCAUUAAGGUCAAGUUCGGACGAAGUUUUGGAUCA